UUUUAAAUUUUAAAAAUAAUUUAUUUGCACUAAUAUAAAUUUACAUGUACUGAUUAUUGCAAGACCGCCAAACCAAAUAAAAGAGCGGCCUGUUUGAGCAAGACCAAAAAUAAGGGCGGCACAUUGUGAAAAGAGGAACAUAAAAGCGGGUUAGGGUUACUGUGAAGCUCUCAUUCUCUCUCAAACGACAAUCUAUCAAGCGGCAAAAUCUUCAGUGUUCUAUUCUCAGGGAUGAGUACACGAAGAAUUCGACUAUCAAGUAGCUCCAAUCCAAGGAACUCGACAGAAAACACACCAGUUGGAUCACAACAAUCAGAGCGACAACACACACCUGCACAAUCACAGCCUAACACCCCAAAUGUUUCUACAGCAUCCGCAAAUGAAUCUGCAAAUGAAUCUGCAGAUGAAGGUUGGGUAGUUGGCUCUAUGCAUAACGAUGGGCGUUUAAGGAUCGAAGUAAUUAGUGGAUUGUUGGAGCCUUCGGGUGCAUGCUCACGAGCAAUCACAGACUCUAUAUCCGAGAGGCAGGAUCCCACUGGAUUUAACUGGAAGGUAGUGUCGAAGGAGGUUAAAGAUUUUUAUUUCGAGGAGUUUAAGAAAUCUUUUGUUUGGAGACAAGAAGACAAACAAAUAUACAAAGCAUGGGUAAAAAAAGCAAGAAAUCGAUAUUCCAACUUUUGUAGUGAUGCUCGGAAAAAAUGGGAAGCUGGUGAAGUGGACAAUAGAGUAGCCAUGCAUGUAUGGCUACCUUGGGUUGAGUUUUGGAAAACUCCAGAUUUCCAGACUAAAUCAAAAACUCAAAAGAAAAAUCGUCGUGGUGGGACGGACCACUACCCUCCAACUCACACAGGUGGUUCAGCAUCCUUAAGAACUCAUGCUGCUGUUCUGGCGGAGACUAAUGGUAAAGAUCCAACUCCGGCCGAUGUGUAUUUGCUUACACAUACUAAGAAACGUGACAAAAAGACCUUUGUUACUAAGAAAGCGGAAGCAGUAUAUAAUAAGGUUAUUGAAAUUCGUGAGGAACGCUCUAAACCUAUUGAAGGUUCUGAUGAACCUCAGAUUGUUGAUGAAGACGAAAUAUUCUUGGAGGCAGUUGGAGGGCUGGACAAAAGAAAUAGAAUAUAUGGCUUGGGUUCUUUGCAAAGCGUCAUAUAUGGGCCAGAAAGCAAGAGCAGUACAUCCACUUCCCGUUACAGUGGCUCUAACUUCAAUAAAGAAUAUGAGCUAAUGCAGGUUGAGCUCCAAGAAAUGAAGGAACAGGUAAAGGAGUUACAGGAGACGAGAGAUAAGGAACUUGAAGAUAUGAGAAACCAAAUGGAAGAGAUGAAGAGCCAACUUGCUUUGGUAUUUAAAAAUCAGAACACAAGUUAGGCAAGUUCAUCAGUACAAAAGACAAUAGCAAGCUCCUGCUUUUAUAUAUUCUGCUAUAUAUUUUGUACCAACUUAAUGAAUGGUAUUUGUGAAUAUUUGGAUACUUGUGAUCAGGUACUUUAUUUCUAAUCAAAGUUAGUCUUUCUUUUGAUUCUACAA